UCACCCCAUAUCCCACCACGGUGUAUAGUUACUCCAAGUCAUGUUCCAAGGUAGAAAACCAUCGAAUCUACAAGGUACUUCCGCCAACCCAAUCUCUCUUGAUUCCUCGGACGAUGAACCGACACCCUCUGUCAAAAUACCCAGAGAUGUAUCACCCGUGAAGGUAUCAGACGAUGAAUCUUUACCCGCUAUGGAUGAGAAAUUCUGGGAGGGGGUUGGAAUUAAAGCUGGUCGAUCAUCUUUGGAAUCAAAUGAGAAUGUCCCCGGAGGUUCUCGAGUGAAGGAGGAAGUCACCCCGCGUGGUACCAGACGCACUCCCAAGAUAUCAAAACGACGAGUACUUCCCACCGAUAUCGUCUCUAUAGGUUCUUCUUCUGACGAUGAAACUCCUCGAGCCGUUCCGACGAAAAUUCUAAAAUCCGAAAUGCCUAGUCCUACAAAAGGCGACAACGUCAAUUCUAAACCUUCACUAAGUUUAAAAGGGAAAGCAAGAGCUCUUCAGGACUCUACAAAUCCUGCCCCCGUCGAUCAUAGCGAUGGAUCGUGGGAUAAUCCAAUUCAUCGGAGUUCGAAAACUGCUAUUCUGGUCCCACCUACCCUCGCUCAUACCUCAACCGUUGUGCAUGACGAUCCUGUUCAUAAAACUUUGCGAGACGAAAGACCCGCGGACGAAGGACUCGCAACGCAAGACGAAAUGAAGAAACCUGGUUCUUGGGGUAACCCAAUAGCUCGAAGCGGAAUCCCUCCGCCUUUAAUUCAUUCAGCACGACAAGGUUUUCCCAUCACUCGUCAAGACCCUACAAAACGAAGUCCUACUCAGCCUCAAUCAGGAUCCGACGGAGAACCUGGUUCAUGGGGUAAUCCAAUACCUCGCUCGGCUCCUAUCCCUCGGGUCUCGAAGAUAAUCAAGAACGCGGAGAAAACGAACGAAGAAUCAGAUGAAGGGCCGACAUCUUUGUCAUUGAGAAAACGUCCAUCUCCGCCAUCUCCAAACCAGGUUUUCGAUCGUGGUAGCCCCGAAGGUCAAGUGUCAAAGAAAGCAAGGACGAAUAUUGAUGUUCCGGAAUCUUUCAGACCGACUUGGAAAACCUUGAAUUCCGUUUCCCCCGAGUCGCCCCACGCGACCCUCAGCCUGGUUCCACAUUCAUUAAAUGACCAUACGCAAUACGAAACUAGUCAUGUCAUCGAGACGGAUCCCUCGGAGAUGUCGGCAGUAUCUCGAGAUCUCACUUCGGCCAGUUCCGUCGACGAUAAUCUUGCUUUUCCGAACAUCCUUGCAACACCCGGUGACGUAGAGGAACCGAUGAUCUCACCUCCCAGAGAACCCGGGGAGCUUCCGAUGGGAGACGCAGAAAGGCGAACGGCGGAACCCGCUAAUACUCCUCUGGCGUCGUCUCACAAACCUGCAACUCCGCUCCAACAUCAUCCAGCGGGAGGUAGCGAUCUUGUACCGACGGACGAGGCAAUGGAACAAAUUGAUAACUCGACAUCGAACAAACUGGCGGACGCUACGCCUCGUGAGGUCGCACAAGAAGUGGCCAAUGUCACUGUGGGGCUUGAGGAGGUAGAUCUACAGCCUGGAUCAGCGACUACGGAUGGGGAUGUCAAGAUGGGAGAUGAUGAGGUGGGCGAUGAGGGCGCGGCGGGUGCGGCAGGAGGAAUCUUGGUGAUUGAAGAGGAUGUCGUCAUGGGUGAACCCCCUGCAAGACCUCAGAAAGAAGCUGGAGAAGACAAGGAUGUACCAGAGUUCCAGUCGGUUUUGGGAGGUUUACCCCCGUUGGAGUGGUAUCGACAGCGCAUACUGAGUAAGAAGACUCAGCCACCCGUGUUGUCAGACCUCACGCCCGUCAACCCUCACGAUCAGUCUGGUGACUUGAUACAAAACGGUGCAUCGGGUCCACAAGAUAGAUCCCCUUGGUCGGUCGAAGCGAAAGCAGUCACUCAAACCCAAGGAAUCACGGCGGAUGGUGCGCACAUAUCAACAGCCCCUAUCGCCCCACAGAGUUCCGUGACUACUUCCAUUUCAAAGCUCACCCUUGCUCCACCGAGUUCAGCUACUUCAACCUCAGAUCGAGACACGUCGAACACCAUCUUGUCACAAUCCAUACCUGACGAUGCCCCCACUUCGUCCGAGUCAAUCUCACCUCCCCUUACUGCCUCUCAACCUCAGCCCCUCGCCAUAUCAGAAGUAACAAACGUCAUCGAGACCGACGACAUGCAGGCUAAUCACCACAACGCUCUCCUAAAUCUAUUCCACGACUCUUCUCCUCUACCCCAAUUCAAACAAUUAUCAAUACCUCCUACUUCACCUCCACCCGGUUCUCCUCUCAUGUCUCGAGAAGAAUGGCGUCACUUUGUCGAGAAUGACGGUGUAUCAGAAGUUGACGCUGAACUUUCUAUACUUUCACCUGUUAUCCAUUUCUCUAGAGAUCCUUCCGCCGCUCCUAGACAUACACCAACAGAUCCUUUAGACCCUUCAACAAAAACAUAUUAUCUCUCAGUCGAACCUGUCGAACAAGACGUACCACAAGAUAGAAAAGGUAAAGCUAAAAGAGUAGCAGAUACAAGUAUUCACGAAUCUUGGCAAAGACUUUUACCUGUUUUGCAAAAUCAACCUUCACUUCAUAGAGCUAUAUUUUCAGCUUAUAUAACGGAAAGUACAAGUAAAGAUGAACCUGAAGCGGAUGAAAUCAAAGUAUUGAAUGAUGUGGAUGAUGAAGGUGCUCCACAAGAUUUCGAAUUCGUUUAUUCUAAUGAAAUGUUUUAUCAUGUUGAUGUACCUGAUCCAGAGAAAGGUAUGGGUUGUGGAUGUGAAGGACCUUGUAAUCCUAUGUCGAAAAGUUGUAGUUGUGUGAAGAGACAAGAAUUAUAUUCUUAUGAUGCGCAAAUGAGUGGGUUUGCUUAUAAUGAAGACAAUACCCUCAAAACGUCCAUGCUCCAUGUCCCAAUUUGGGAAUGUAACGACAAUUGCGGUUGUCCACCAGAAUGUAUGAACCGUGUCAUCCAACGUGGUAGAGCCAAAGAAACCAAGAUUGAUUUAUUCAAGACUCGUCAUAAAGGUUGGGGAGUGAAAGCGAGGGUAGCUAUUCCAAAAGGAACGUUUGUGGGUAUAUAUUCGGGGGAAUUGAUAAAUGAAGCAGAAUGUGAGAAAAGAGGUUGGCUGUAUUCGGAUAUUGGAAGAACUUAUCUAUUCGACUGUGACGGUUUUCAUCUACGUAAAGUCCCAAAAGGACUCGAAGAAGUAGACCCUCGAUUAGCAGCUUUGGCACAUGCGACAGCCAAAAGAGCACAAAGAGCAGCGGAAUUAGACGAUGCGGCUGAUUUUUGUUAUUCUGCUUAUAGUGUAGACGCAUUUCAUUAUGGUAAUUUCACUAGAUUCUUUAAUCAUUCUUGUGAUCCGAAUUUGAUGAUUGCUCAGGCUUAUGUAUGGGAUUUUCACCCAGAAAGACCAAUGCUUGUGAUCUUCGCUAGGAAGGAUAUAAGGGCAGGAGAAGAAUGUUGUAUUUCUUAUAAAGGUUUACCUGAUGAAUUGGCCGAACCUAUCAAGAAACCCAACAAAAAGCCAAAAAAGGGGAAGAGAAAGAGUAAAGCUCAUGUGGCUUCUGAUGCUAGAGUGAGGAAUAAACAAAAGAAGGAUAGAUGUCGAUGUGGCGCUUGGAACUGCGACGGACAGAUGUUUGGUGUAGGAGCUGGGGAUAGUGCGAGUGGUAGUCCUUCUGGCGAGGAGUGA